GUAUAAAUAUAAAAUUGAUUUUAAAUGUUACAUUUAUUUGAAUAAUAUGAGUCACGGCCCUUUCCAUUUAAUCCUGAAUUCCCCCUUGGUUACAGGUAUAUAUUAAACCUCUAACUAGACUGCCUCGUAUAUAGACCGCCGGGUCUACGUAUCCUUAUAUCGGUGUUGUACGGCCUCAACACCGGUUAAUGGAAUCCAUCCCUCUCGGAGGCCGACCUAACCACGAAGAGUGGAGGUAGAAGUAGAACUAUGAAACUGGUUAGUUACCGGGAAAGUCAGGAACCGGAAGGAAGGAAGUUAAACGUUUAAGCAUACACCGGAACUCUUUUGACAAUUCAAUUCCUGUUUCUAAUAAAAGAACAAUAUAAGUGAGUUAAAUAACCAAGAUGGUUUGUAUGAAGUGAAGGAAAAAUGAGACAGCUCCCAAGUGUACCCUGAGUAAUGUUGAAUCAUGAACUCCAAUACUGCCCUCGCCCUCAUUCUUUACACCCUCAUUACAGGAUGUCACACACAGUCUUGUUCUUCCCCUCUUGGACUUGAGGAUCGCACAAUUCCGAACCUUCAAAUAUCUUCAUCUUUACCCCUUUCUCAACCUAGUAAUGCUCGGCUUAAUAAUCCUGAUUCUGCUUGGUGUUUUAACUACACAGAGAUUACAGGAUUUGGAAUAUAUGCUGAGCUGACUGUAGAUCUUGGUUCUACGCAGCUUGUGUCAGGUUUCCAGAGCCAGGGACCACCAGACAUACUUCAUCCUGUAGAGUACAUGCGGUACAUUAGCAUUUCCGCCACACUUAGUAAUGACAACCAGAAUUGGAAGGACUGCUGUAGCGAUGAUGGAAGUGCUACUAGUUUUUACGCAGAGGAUAAGAAUGACGAAGCGAAUGUCAUUCGAACCCACGGGUUUGGAAGUCUAGAACCUGCAAGGUUUGUAAGGUUCAAGGUGUCUACUGAUCUCCGAUGGUUUGGGCAUGAUGAAAAAUGUUUCCGGUUUGAGAUCCUUGGCUGCAAACAAGACGUAGUUGCAAAUAGUGAACUGUUUACUAAAGCCGAAGCCCCUGGUUAUUUAACAGUAUCUUGGCUACGUCCUAUAGUAUCUAUACCAAAUAAAGACAACUUUUCUCUCAACGGACACUACUACCUACUCAAUCUGACUCACGAUGAAGGUGAUACAACCAAGUCGGAGAUUCAUAACACAACGGAUACAAGUUUUGCUGUACCCAGUCCUCUCUGGGGUUCGCGGUAUACUAUAUCUCUGGUCUGCUGGCAUCAUCAUCUACCUGUAAAAUGCGGAGUCUCGUACCUUACCGCUGUUCCUCAAAUAUCAUCAUCCUGUAGAGCCCACUCCUCCUUCUGUCAGGAGGAGGAGAGGAUAAGGUUCGUAUCUCCGGAGUAUUUGACCGCUAAGCUACUGAUAAAUAACAGUGUUCACGUAAAGUGGAGGCUUGGAGAGCGUGGAUGGAGAGCUCCAUCACGAUUAGUUCGAGUGGAACAGAAGACUGGAGAAAGAAUUUAUGAAAAAGAAUCCUUACUAGAGGACCAGCAAAUAUUUCUUGAAAAUCUGAACAAAUUAGAAUCAUAUAGCCUUGUCUUCUGUCCUAAUGGAGACGGGGUUCCAUCUGAGAUUGGUUCAGUUCGUCUAGAAUUAUCAAUCCUCCCACUUCGGGAACCAGGAGAUUGGGGAGCUUUCAUAUCGGACGUAAGUCUCCAGGCCAGCGUGGACUGGAGGGGAUCCAUAGUUGUUGAGUGGAGAGAGGGUCGAGCUACAGGAUCUUUUCAGGAGAAUGAUAUGGUUCAAUUCAAGUAUAAAACUGCGGAUAGUUACAAACUAACCCUGAGAAUAGGAGAAGAUCCCACAUACCUUUCUACAUUAGAACUAUCCGGAAAUACGACCAUGUACUCGUUAACAGGCUUGAACCUAGAGCAAUUGUACACAAUUACUCUAACCUGUACUUUUGAUGGUAUACUAUUCGAAUGCGGAACUAGAUUUGUUUCUACCAGGUCCCCAGACCUACUUUUUGAUGGGGUUGUAUACAGGAGGAUGGGGAUAGCUCAAGGUUGGAGGUCUAGUCUACUAGAAUGUGAGGCUGGUGGAGGUACUCUACUCAGCCUUGGUAGAGAAGGAGUAGAAAAUGCAGUUGCAGAGGCCAUUGGUCUUUCAGACUUCUGGACAGGUGGGAAUAUGUGUCCCGAUAGUCCCGCUCCGAGUUCUAGUAUGUGGACGGAUGGGACGGAAAACCAACGCUCAAACUUUGCUCUGGACUCAGGUUUGGAGGGGUCCAGCUGCUGUAUAAAGGCAGGUAGAUUAGGUUGGAGGGGUGAUAUUUGUUCCUCUCUUCACCAUGGUGUUUGUCAACAAGAAGUUCUCCACCCCCUCGCCAAACCCCAGCAUGUAGUAGCUCAAGCUGAGAGGGAAGGGAUGCACAUUAGAUGGAAGAAGCCUAAUGAGGGUUGGAUGCCUUCUGCUUGGACCCUUCAAUAUUGUUUAUUAAGGAGUUUGGACACAAGAAAGUUGGAGGAGUGGGUUCUAAUGGAUCAAGGGGACGACGAAGAUAAUACAGGUUUUCUCAGAGAAGAAUGUAGAAACGAGACUUUAUCAUCUGCAUCUGUGGAUAUUUUUCUAGACAGGUUGAUCGAGUACAGCGAGUAUAAAAUUAUACUUACCGCUCAUAAUGAGUUUUUUAAUUCAACUGAAAGCUCCCCAACCUUAGCUAGAACACUUUCUAAGUCUCCUGUAUGGUGGAGUUUAACAAAGGAUGGAGUAAUGGAGGUGGAGUGGAGGGAUCAAAUCUCCAAGUUCAACGAUAACUACACAAUCAACCUCAGCUGGAAAAUUAGAAAUUCGGAAUUCAUAGACGAAGUAGAACUGUCCGGAGAGGUGGAGGGUAAGGUUUCAAGAACAAAUCUUCAUCAGUUGGUACUGGGAGAAGAUUAUGAUAUAAACCUGGUCUUAAACCAACAAAAUACAUCUACUAAUCAAUCCUUUUCCUUUACAGCAUUUCCUGAUUGUGGUUCCGGGCUGCUUGCCGGACUGUACUGCUACAGUAUCCACACCAACCUUACAUUCCAAGAUGCCCAAGAGCAGUGUUUAAGCCAAGGAUUCAGCAUAUGGAGUUCAGAAUACAGUUUAGAGAAGGAACAAGAACAAGACAACAUGAGGGAUUUAAUUCUGGACAAAUUAGAAUCCUUCUGGAGCUCAGAUAAUAACUCAGAAUCUUGUACGGUUUGGAGUUUAGAGGGUUCGGAAACUAAUGUAUCCUGCGAAAAUUAUGCAUCUGUUCUCUGUUACGCGGAUAUUACUGACUUCAUCAAAUACACCAAUCCUAUCCAGAGUUUGAAAGUGUCUGCUGCUCCUGAGAGCUUGAGUUUGGAUUGGGAUGAUAGUGGUGGAUGGAGAUCUUUUUAUACUCUCACUCUUCAUCCACAAGAGUCAAACAACAGAAGUGGUCGAGAUUUGGGGAAUUUAAGUAGUUUGACCGUUCUAACUCCUCCUGCUGUACUAACUGAUCUUACACCUGAUACAACAUAUUCUCUCACAAUAACAACAAAAAUUAGAAACGUUUUCAGAGAGUUUCAUAUUGGAGAGGUUAGAACUUCAUCAAAUCUAUCCUUUCUUCCUCGACAUCUAGUUGGGAUAAGUUUGAGUAGUACGGGGUUCACAAUACUUGAGUUAACCCUUCUCUCAAUACUGAUGAUAAUACUAUCUAUCUGUAUCCUUGUCUAUCUUCUCUCGCAAACACUAAGAAUAUACACAGACAAUGUAGCCCAGCUGGUAUUCUGUGUUUCUCUACUCUGCGUUAAUGUUCUUCUUGCAUUAGCUAGAGAUGUUCUUCCUUGUAUUGUUCUUGUAUCAGGCCUACAGGUUUCGUAUUUAGUGGCGUUCACAUCAAAUUUCCUGGAGAGUCUUAUAAUUCUACAUAAGUUGGUGGAUUCAGUUCUUCUUCCUUCUUUAGAGAAAUCUUUAGUGGUUCUACUCAUGGGCCUGGUUCCCUCGUGUAUAUACGCUGGACUAACAAUACCCUUUCUUUACACAGAUAUGCUUCCACCUUUUCCUAAAAUGUGUUGGUUGAACCUUGACUCUCCGACCAGUUUAGUAAGUUUAGUUCCUUGUAUCCUAUUAACCAUAUCAUCAACCUGUUGUACUCUAACAAGUAUUCUAACAGCUACAGAUACAGGAACCAGACCUAUUUCUGCAUCAAUUUACAGCAGAGCACAAACUCUAAGGAGAACCCGUUACAUAGUUUUGAGUCAAACAGUUCUUCUUUUCAUUUCCUGGAUAUUUGGCUUCUUAGCAGCACAUAUCCAAUCAACUAUACUUGGAGUUGGGUUCUUACUUCUUAGUCUGUUGCUUGGAAUUGUAACCUUAGGAGUCCGCUGUACCUUUGACACACAGGUCCUUGAUCGAGUUAAGAGGGGAUAUAUGAACUUUGAUUCUGGUCGGUAUGUGUACGAAGCAGGUAGCAAUAUAAAUAGCAGGAAGACCACAUUUAACUCCCCAAAGUUGUCAAAGAAGAAAAACAAAAGUAAAUCUUCUGUCGACAUGUUAAAUGAAGAAAAUGUGCCAGAUAAAGUUGGAGGAAAAGGUCCAGUAAUUGUAUUGGAUCAGAAGAGGCGAGUGCGCAGAGUACGUGCUGGUCAGCCUGAGGAGAUAAACACAGUGGGAGAAAUGCUCGUUAUAAGCAUGGAGCAGACUUCAAAUGUUGAGGAAGUGUACCAGGAGCUCAACACUAGUCCACCAGCCCUUUCCACCUUCAGAUCUUACAGUGUUCGUAACUCCCCUGAGUUUCCUUCUCCUACCACCUGCUCAAUAUCCACUAUAUACCAUUCUAACUCUACACCUGAACCACCUGGAGCUAUCUCUCCAACCUCUCCUUCCUCCCCUAGACCAAGCACUGCUCCUGAUAGAGUAUAUUCUGGUACGCGGAGGAUUCGACCUUGGACAUCUUUACCUCAUACUCCUGAUACAGAGGAUUCUCUUACAUCACAUUAGAAUUUAAGAUGAAGUUAUGAAUAAUGUGGUUCCUUGAUAAAUGUAGCAAAACAAAAAACAAAAAUCUAUGCUAGAAAACGAUUGGUUACUGCAUAUUAGAUUAAAAAUUUUAAUUUCUCAAAAAAGUACAGUUGUGGAAGACGAUGCAUUUUUUGUCAUUUCCCCCUUGGAGUACAGAUUUACAUUCUGUAAGCACAAAUACAUGUUUUUAAUAUUUUUCAAUUGAGAGAAUGCCACACCUUCAUUGUUCACAUUUAGUCAAUGCUUUGUAAAAAUUAAAUACAAGAUCUAAUUGUUUAUUUCUAUAAGUGCAAUUCUUGGCUAACAUGUCAAAUUCAAAAAUUCAAACAAGGUUAAUGUUAUUCUGAUGCUUGAAAAUGUCCAAUUUACAAUUUGAAAAAAGUCAAAUAAAAAGAAUUCAGAGGAUAUUUUUCAAAUUAAUUGGAAUUUGUGCAUCGCUUUCUUCUCAUAGAAAAGAUGAUUUUUUUGUUAUCUCUGUACUGCCAGGAUUUGUUUUAGGCUUAGGGCUUAGAAUAAUUUAUAUCUUUAACAAAAGGUAAAUAACCAUAAACUUAAAAUUAUUUUUUUGUGCCAAUUUCUCUAGUCAAUACAGGACAAACUAAAUACCAAAGGCCCAAUCUUUACAAUUAAAGGAAAACGAUAAUUGAUAAAGGUGUUAGGCUUAAAUUGUAUUAUCAUAUAUGUUUUUUUAUUCCUUUAUUACUUCAAAAUUAAUUUACAAUAAACCUGCUUUAUAAAUUU